GCUGCACUUGUUCUCUUAGCAGUUUGCAGCGGCCAUUUCAAAGAAACCAUCACAAAGACAAGAGAAAGAUCAGAGAAGCCCCCAUUUCCAAGAUGCUGGCGCCCUGCCUUCUGAGAAGAGUGGUCCUUACAGUCCCUUUAGUUUUUGUGGUUGUACUGCUACUCUUGGAGCCUGUGAGAACUGAUCAAGAAGCAGGAACAGCCAUACCAGCUGAAAGCCGUCCCUGUGUUGAUUGCCAUGCAUUUGAAUUCAUGCAGAGAGCUCUGCAGGAUUUAAAGAAGACAGCAUAUAAUCUAGACACACGGACAGAAACUCUGCUUCUUCAGGUGGAAAAGAGAAAUCUGUGCGACUGUGUAACUGCCAAUCUUCUGAACUGAAUCCUGGAGGCCAGCUAAGGAAUGUCACCUGUUCAAGCAUUUUUUAAUAUGCAGCUGUAUAAAAUACAGCCUUAUGGAGUUCAUGUUACAAGCAUGUAUGCCCCAAUGUACUGAUGAAAUUUGGGGCCUGUGUCUUAUGUAUUUGUCUGUUCUGUAUUUUUUAAGAGAGUACCCUCUUCUCACAUCUGCUGGGUUGCCAGUAAGGGCUCGGUUCAAUGAAUCUGUUACUUGGUAUUUGAGUGGGGAAAAAUGUACCUGCUUUGAUUUUAAAAUCAGAACUGGCCAAGUGUAACCCACAAGAUAAAUGUGGCCAACAGUGCUCUAGAGACAUUUGCAGCUGUUUUUUGUCUCUAAUACGAACAUAUCUCUAUGGCAACUUACCCAGUUAUAUUGAGACAGGACAUUGUGAUCUCUGUAGGCUUUGCCUGUGUAUUAAAGAUGAUGGAAGUACUUU